AUGCGGGGCCCCGCAUCAUUGCUCUCCAGACUGGCAAAGCGACGAUGGACUCGAAAUCUGACCAUGUCUGCAGUGGAAGGCUCUCUUCAUCCUCCCUUGUGCCACAAGACGCUGCCCGACUUCUUCGCCUCUGAAAUCCUGCAGAAAUACGCUGCGAAACCGGCUCUGAUAUGCAGGAAUGAGCACGCCCAUUCCCUUGGAGGUCCUCGCCUAGCUAAUCUCGGCGUAGAGUCACACUUGGCUUGGAAUUUUUCCGAUUUCGAGAGGUGCAUUAGCUCGGCUGCACGGGGUCUCUUGGACAUGGGUAUCCAGAAGGGCGACCGUGUAGGAGUUCUCAUGGGCAAUAACAGCGCCUAUGCGAUUCUGCAAUGGGCUUGUGCGUCUAUCGGUGCCAUUCUCGUCACUAUCAACCCGGCUUACCGGGUGAACGAGCUCGCUACUGCUUUGAGACACGUGGGUGUCAAGCACCUCUUUGUCGUUCCCCGAAUUCGUUCGUCCGCAUAUAUCCAGCUCCUAGUCGACCUUUACCCUUCCAUACGAAGCGCGCACCCAGGAGAGAUACAAGAAGAAGCCCUGCCGAACCUUCGUAAUAUCGUCGUCGUCGAUAACGAAGAGUCGUGUAGAGCCGAGCUAGACGCGCUUGAGGUAAAGUCGCUUAUAGAUUGGCGCGAAGUAUUCGUAUGGCGGCAAGAUAGAAUCAGCCUGGAUCAACGACGUCAGGCUGCAGCCGAGUCUCUACACAAGGACGAUAUCAUUAAUUUACAGUUCACUAGUGGCACGACUGGGUCUCCAAAGGCCGUGUCGCUAACUCAUCACAAUUUAUUAAACAAUGCUCUUUCAGUAGGCAAAUGCAUGCACUUGACGGACAAGGAUCUCGUCUGCAACGUACCCCCGCUCUUUCACUGGUUUGCUUAUUUCCCAUUUACUGCACGUCUCGUCCUUGGGAACCUCGCAGCAUGGUCUUACGGGGCGGGCAUCGUCUAUCCUUCAGAAAUCUUUGAUCCAGCUGCUAUCGUGGAUGCAAUCGUAGAGGAAAAAUGUACGGCAUUGCACGGCGUGCCCACCCAUUUUCUCGGAGUAUUGGCCGAGAUAGACGACAGACGUGCUCGAGGAGAAGAGCCAGACACGAGAAGCCUGCGGACUGGCAUUGCGGCCGGCUCCCCGAUACCCAUAGCCCUCAUGCAAGAGCUCAUCGCCAAACUGAAUCUUGUGGAUCUGACGAAUGCAUAUGGCAUGAGUAAUCCAGUAUCCUUCCAAACAACACCUGAAGAUCCCGUCGUCAAGCGCGUUGAAACAGUCGGAAAGGUACAGCCGCAUGUUAGAGCAAAGAUCGUUGACACAGACGGCCAAGUCGUCCCUGUGGGUACUCCCGGACAGAUAUGUGUUGCGGGGUACUUGGUACAGAAGGGGUACUGGGAGGACGAGGCGCAGUCUGCUCAGGUUAUGCAAAGGGACUCCGAGGGGACCCUGUGGAUGCUUACCGGGGACGAAGGAAUCAUGGACGAAGAGGGAUAUUUGAAGAUCGUGGGCAGAAUCAAGGAUAUCAUCAUCCGAGGGGGAGAGAACUUGUUCCCAGUUCAGAUCGAAAAUGCCUUGACGACUCAUCCAGGUAUCCAUGAAGCUGCUGCGGUCGCGGUGCCUGAUAUUCGGUAUGGGGAGGUUGUUGGGGCUUGGGUUGUUCGCGCGCCGGGGCACAAUGAUAUUUCAAAGGAGGAAGUUCGCAAGGUCGUUUCUGAUGCGAUGAAUCCACAGAACGCUCCGGUGUGGGUUUGGUUCGCGGAUGAACUUCCAAAGACGGCGAGUGGGAAGGUCAUGAAGCAUAUUUUGAGAGAUCGGAGUAAGAAGUUGUCGAGAGUCAAUGAUGGGCGGGUGGCGACGCAAUGA